GCUAACAACCAGUACAGAUAACAAGCUAGUUUGCUAACAAGACUACAUAGCUAACUAGUUAUCUCGUUUGCUUACAAGACUAGCUGAGUUAGCUAUAGUGUUACUUGCAUGCGAUUUGCUGUGUUCUUGGGGGCGGCACGCAGCGUAGGAGACAGGGCUGCCUGCCGGGCAUCGUUCAGGGCUUAAAUGCCCACAAGCAUGGGUGUGUAGGGCAGACUAAACAUCCGAGAAUACAAAGAAAGAGGCAUCAUGGCCGAAAUAUCUCUGUAUCUCACCAACGUGAAUGUGUCUUUGGGCCAAACGAUGGACGCAGAGAAGAUCCCCAGCACAGGGAAGGACUUUGAGAGUGUCGAGCUGGGAGACCUGGAGAAGGGGGAUCAGAAAGAAGAGAAAGCCCCACGAAGGAUCAUCCAUUUCUCUAGUGGAGAAACCAUGGAAGAAUACAGUACAGACGAGGAGGAGGAGGGGGAGGACAAGGAACCAGAGAAGAAGGACCUACUGUCCCCCCCUGUCGAUGCGGUGAGGAACAAGCUGACCUGGGGCCCAUACUUCUGGUUCCAUAUGUGGAGAGCAGCUACCUCCACUGUUUCAGCUUGUGACUACCUCGGGGAGAGGAUGGCCUCGCUCUUUGGAAUCACAUCGGCCAAAUACCAGUACGCCAUCGACGAGUAUUACAGGAUGAGGAAAGAGAAGGAGGAGGAAGAUGAGGACAACCGGUUAUCAGAGGAGGCGGAGCAAUACUUUGUCGAGAAUCAGGACGAGGAGAUCCAUGGACCAAUGACGGAUCAGCCAGAGGGAACCGCUACCACCCCCCACUCCACGGACACCUAUCAGGUUGAGAAAGAGGCCAAGGCCACGCCUAAUGCCAUCAGGGUCCCAGCCAUUGUCACGACAACAACCUAACUAACUUCUGGAGAGAUGAUUAUGUGUUGUCCAUGUUUGUUUUGUUUUAAUUUGUCAAGGGGGUGGAGGCGCUCUGGGGUCUGUCUCUCUGAUAGUGCUGAACGAUUAACAGAAAUUUUGUGUGCACAUUGCACAGUUUCUCUAGAGAUAAAUCAGAUCCAGACUGAACUGUGUGAUGUAGUACGGCGUUGUAGUUUCCAACAGGCCAAUAUUCUACAUAGUUUAGCGUGUAAAAUGUGGUAAUUAACUAUAAUACCCAUAAUCCAUUGCGCAUCUACUUGUUCAGUCUGUUUCUUUUACUGCUUCUAUGGAAGAGAGAAGAAUGCGAGAUUGUGAGGUGAUCUAGAGAGCAGCUGUUGCUUUGCGGUGUAUCUACCUGAAAAUACAUGAUCUAAGUGAUUUGAUAUUGGUAGGAAUACAUUUUAAGAACUACAUUAUUAAAUAGUGAUUUUGUCAAGCAGCAGCUCUAUAGAUAUGACUUGGAAUUGAAUAUAAAUGAAUCAAAUAAAACAAAUGUAAUAUACACAACUGAAAUAUUUGAUUAAAGUCAUGUGAAUAAAUGAUGGUUAAUAAGUAUAAUGGGCCGUCACUACCAUCAUGGUACUUUUAUUAAUAGUUGUAUUCUGUGUUACAGCAUUCAACCCACAUAAUGCAUAUUGCAUUUAAAGUUUGCAAAAAUUAUUGAAACCGAAAUUGAAAACCAUGAUUAUUUUUGAAUGAUCGAACCGAAACAGAACCGACCUCAUAACACUAAUCGCUCAGCACUACUCUCUGAGCUCACAUUUGGUUGUGGAUAUGAAGGAGCCAUCUAUAAACCUGGGAGCCAGACCUGCUACUGCUUUAGCCCACGCUUCUGUCAUGUCAUUAAUACCAGACUACAAAGAACUAUGACAACAAACCGUGAAGGACGAUGACAGAGUAGCGACAAAGAAGUUAGUCGGUUGAAGCAGAAGCUGAUCCGACUACCAGGCCUAGCCUUCAGUGAUCCGACUACCAGGCCUAGCCUUCAGUGAUCCGACUACCAGGCCUAGCCUUCAGUGAUCCGACUACCAGGCCUAGCCUUCAGUGAUCCGACUACCAGGCCUAGCCUUCAGUGAUCCGACUACCAGGGCUAGCCUUCAGUGAUCUGACUACCAGGCCUAGCCUUCAGUGGUCUGACUACCAGGCCUAGCCUUCAGUGAUCUGACUACCAGGGCUAGCCUUCAGUGAUCCAACUACCAUGCCUAGCCUUCAGUGAUCCGACUACCAGGGCUAGCCUUCAGUGGGCAGUGCCACUGUCCUUUCUGUAGUCCUAUAGUACAGGCACAGUGUGGUACGGUAGUAGUACUGUGUCGUUUAACUAUGUGUCUCCAGUGGCCUUACCCCUAACUGGAGGCUGGUCCUAACAUUCCAACCUCGUGUCUAUCUAUCUGGUGCCUCUGAAGGGCUGUGUUUUUUUAACCUAAACCACAGAGCCAAGUAGUAGCCUAAACCUUAAUGCACUCGAACACAGGAAGCCUUCCUCCUUUAUACACUACUACUAGCAUGCCACUCACUUUGUUUUAAUUUCGACAACGUUUGUUUAAAUACGUUGUUGAGCACUGAUCUAAACAUGGUGUGUUGUUUCCCUGUGUAGCAUUACUGGCUUGUGGUCACUUGGUGACUUGUAAUUUGGAACAUCUUUUCAGGCUGUUGGUGUAGCUGAGAUUUUGUAAAGGCAGUAUAAUCUGUCAUAUUUGUUUUUACUAGUCCAUUGGCCUAAUGCACAGUUGCCCUUGUUGUAAAGGAACUUUAUGUUAAACUUUUAUUUUGAUAUUCACAUAUUUAUUAUUAUUUUUGUAUUUUCUGAGCACUUUUUUACAACGUACUUUAUGUAACAACACCUUGAUAAACUGUUAAUAAAUAUACUUAACUAUGCUUUAA